AUGACGGAGCGAGCCAAUCACAUCAACAUUGCAAUGAUAGAAGAUGUUGGCACCAACGGCACCACGGCCGGGUCGAAGGCCGUCCCAUCCAAGCUGCCGUGUGGGUCCACCGUGAGCUUCCACAACAUCCAGUACAAAGUGCAGCUGAGGAGCGGCUUCCUCUGCAGACGCAAAACCAGUCCCAGAGAAAUACUGGCGGACCUCAAUGGGAUUAUGAGACCCGGCCUGAACGCAAUUCUUGGGCCAACUGGAAGUGGAAAAUCUUCGUUCUUGGAUAUUCUAGCUGCAAGGAAGGAUCCUUCAGGUCUGUCAGGAGAAGUGCUCAUCGACGGAGCACCACAGCCUCCAAACUUCAAGUGUCUCUCUGGUUAUGUGGUUCAGGAAGAUGUGGUCAUGGGCACCCUGACCGUGAGGGAGAAUCUGCGUUUCUCUGCAGCGCUUCGGCUGCCCGGCUCUGUGCCUCAGAGUGAGAAGGAGGCUCGAGUCAAUCACCUCAUCAAAGAACUGGGCCUCACCAAGGUGGCGGACUCCAAGGUGGGCACACAGAUGACCCGAGGAAUCUCUGGAGGAGAGAGGAAGAGGACAAACAUUGGUAUGGAGCUGAUUAUUGAUCCUUCAGUCCUCUUCCUGGAUGAACCAACCACAGGACUGGAUGCUAGCACAGCUAACUCUGUCCUGCUGCUGCUGAAAAGAAUGGCCAGUCAUGGAAGAACUAUAAUCAUGUCCAUCCACCAACCCCGAUACUCCAUCUACAGACUGUUUGACACUCUAACCUUGUUGGUUAGUGGUAAAAUGGUAUACCACGGACCAGCACCAAACGCUUUGGACUACUUCGCCAACAUUGGAUAUCCCUGUGAGCCCCACAACAACCCAGCCGACUUCUUUCUGGAUGUUAUUAACGGAGACUUCACUGCCACAACCAUGACUAAAGUGCACAGCUCUGAGGAUUUGGACUUUGAGGAACUCAGCAGCUCCAGGCAGAGCAUCGAGGAGCGUCUGAUAGAGGAGUACAGGAACAGCAGCUACUCCAGCGACACACGGGCCGAGCUGGAACGGAUCAUACAAGAUAAGGAGUGUAUCUCACGUCCCAAAUCUCGCAUCAUCACCUACAACAGCUCCUUCUUCCACCAGCUGCACUGGGUGCUUAAGAGAACCUUUCAGAACCUGAUGUUGAACCCUCAAACAUCCGUGGCCCAGCUGGGAGUCAACAUUUUCCUCGCUCUAAUCGUAGGAGCCAUUUUCUUCGAGGUCAAAGAUGAUCAGAGUGGUAUCCAGAACAGGAUGGGAGCCCUCUUCUUCAUCACCACCAACCAGUGUUUCAGCACUGUGUCUGCAGCCGAGCUCUUCAUCAUCGAGAGGAAACUGUUUGUGCACGAGUACAUCAGUGGCUACUACAGAGUGUCCGUCUACUUCCUCUCUAAGAUCUUGUCUGACAUCACUCUGCGCACUAUUACCUCUGUUAUCUUCAGCUGUAUUGUCUAUUUCAUGAUCGGGCUGAAAUCCACAGUAGCAGCCUUUUUCAUCUUCACGCUGACAGUAACUCUGGUGGCCUACACAGCCACAGCCAUGACCAUGGCCAUCUCAGCUGACCAGACCGUUGUGGCUCUCGCCAACAUCUUCAUGACCAUCACCUUUGUCUUCAUGAUGAUUUUUUCAGGUCUCCUGGUCAACCUACCCAGCAUCAUGGACUGGCUGGCUUGGCUGAAGUACUUCAGUAUUCCUCGUUAUGGCCUAGCAGCCUUGAAGAUCAACGAGUUUGUGGGUCUAAAGUUCUGUGAAGAGCCCGUUAUCCGAAGCACCAACAUGUCUGCGAUAAUGACUAACUGCAGUGUGAGCACAGUGGGUCUGACAUGUACAGGAGAACAAUACCUGGACUACCUGGGAAUACAGUAUACCACCUGGGGACUGUGGGAGAAUCAUGUGGCCUUGACUAUUAUGACAAUCAUAUUUCUUAUCAUCUCCUAUCUGAAACUACGCUACAUUAAGAAGUUCACUUGA